AUGCUUGGGUACGCUGACGUCAAAGAUGCCCUUUGCGAGUUGACAAAGGAAUGUGGAGUUUUAUGGGAGGAGAACAAAGACAUGCAGGGCCGAUUUGUGAACGAUCUUACUGAGCUGCAGAGGAUGCAGCUUGCGAUACACCGGCUCGAACGAGAUAACAAGGGGGACAAGUUAGUACAAAUACGAGCGUCAAUGCAAGAAUUGCAAAGUAGAGCGAGCAAAUUAUACGAGUCUCUGACAGAAAAACGGUAUCUUUUAGUACAGAAGUUAACGGAAGGGGUUCAGAAUGUGGCAGUGUUACAAAACCAGUUAAUCAGUGAACAAUUUGAAUUAUUAGCAGAACAGAAUUGGCAGUUGAGAACGUUUACUUCCUGGCAACUGGAUUUACUACGUAGAGGUCCUCAGUUAACUGAUAAUGUGGCUCAACUACACAUAACGCGACUUAGUGCUGUGCUCGACAAUAUGACAAAAUUAUUAUGCAUGUUGGUGUCCCAGAGUUUUGUUGUAACUCUCCAACCUGAGCCAGUUUUGAAAACUCAGCACAAGUUUGUUGCGGAGGUUCGGUUAUUAAUUGGCGAUAAACUUGGAAUCAGGCAACACCUUGUUAAUACAAAUGUCACUGUAAAAAUUAUUGCUGAAGAAGAGGCUCGGAUGCUUAGUAUUGCCCAGAUUUCUGAGAAAGAAAUAAAAACUGUUGGAUCAAUCAGCAAUGACUUUGAGAAGUUGACAAUGGACGACAAAAAUCACAUGGCUGCUAAAUUUAUGAACUCGAAGUUAACUAGAAUUGCCCAUCGGAAACCACCUUCAAAGAUGACUCAAGUAGAUACAAAAGGUGCAUCUACCACUUCACAGACCGCAACAGAUCAGAAAUAUGCUCUUCUUUUCCACAUCAGUCCUUUCCAGUUGGGCAAUCUUGGGAAGUUUGAUGUGUGGACUUUAUCACUACCUUUAAUGGUGACUGUUCACGGCAGUCAAGACUGUGAUGCGCAAGGAUCAAUUUUAUGGCAAAGAGCAUUUUCAAGUGUCAAUCGAACAGCAACAUCUGCCGACAUCAAUGCUGUUGCCUGGUCGGAACUUGCUGAAAUUUUGCGUCAUAAGUUCGCUUUAUUUACUGGUGCUCGGAGGGAGAUUAGCGAUGCUGAUCUAAAUUAUAUGGCAGAAAAACUAAUUGUCACUUGGAAUAUUGAUAAUAAACCCAUAACGUUUCAUCGAUUUGCAAAGCAGAAUUUGCGAGAUGACGUCAACUUUUCAUUUUGGGAAUGGUUGUUUGCAAUCAUGCAAUUGAUUAAACAGAAACUUUUAAAAUUUUGGGACGAAGGUUGGCUUAUUGGAUUUAUCAGUAAACAAGACGCAUCAACACAAAUGAUUAGCGCUCCACAUCCAACUUUCCUAUUACGGUUUAGUGACACUCAAACUGGCGCAGUCAGUAUUGGUUUUGUUUGUGAAGAUGACGGCAAUAGAGUUCCAUUUCAUCUUUCACCAUUUUCGAUUAAAGAUCUCGACCAGCUCUCACUAGCUCAGCGCAUUGCAUCGUGUCCUCAGUUGAAGGAAAUUAAGUAUGAAGAGAUGUUGCGGCAUUUUGAUACUGAGGAACGGCAGAGGUCAAGUUCCCCAACAGGCUAUAUUCAGUCUGAAAUUGUGAUGGUAGCAAAGACGGGGUGUGAUCUUUGCAGAAAGGCUCCAGUUUCAUGUCCCAUUGGAGGAAGCCCAUCUUCUGCGUCUACGCAAAGCAAAUUAGAUUGGUCUCCAGGAGAGGUUAUGCAUAGAUCGAACUCUAUGGAAAUCUUCAAUAAUGAGGAAUUAAUGUCAACAUUGUCAAGCAACGGUUUGGAUAACAGUGUGGAGGCCUUGCUAGGGCCUGGUUUUCGCCCACAGUUACCGAGUCAGCCUUUGCAAACUUAUGACCUCUCGUUUAUUGACAGUAGCACAACGAAUCAGUUCCACGUCAGCGCUAAUAACAUGGAAGAGUAA